GUGCUUGGGAGCCCUGCAGCCCCUGUCUUUUCCAUAUAAAGCGUCUCUGAGAAGGAGCGGAUUUUUGGUCUGCGAGGAGCUUCUCGGGUGGACCCCAGAGCAUGGAACACAUCCAUGACAGUGAUGGUAGUUCCAGCAGCAGCCACCAGAGCCUCAAGAGCACAGCCAAAUGGGCGACUUCCCUGGAAAAUCUGCUGGAAGACCCAGAAGGCGUGAAAAGAUUUAGGGAAUUUUUGAAAAAGGAAUUCAGUGAAGAAAAUGUUUUGUUUUGGCUGGCUUGUGAAGAUUUUAAGAAAAUGCAAGAUAAGAAGCAGAUGCAGGAAAAGGCCAAGGAGAUCUAUGUGACCUUUCUGUCCAGUAAGGCCUCGUCACAAGUCAAUGUGGAGGGGCAGUCUCGGCUCAAUGAGAAGAUUCUAGAAGAACCGCACCCCCUGAUGUUCCAGAAACUCCAGGACCAGAUCUUCAAUCUCAUGAAAUAUGACAGCUACAGCCGCUUCUUAAAGUCUGACUUGUUUUUAAAACACAAGCGAACCGAGGAAGAGGAAGAAGAUCCACCUGAUGCUCAAACUGCAGCUAAAAGAGCUUCCAGAAUUUAUAACACAUGAGACCCCAAGGAGCCAGGCCUGGCAGCUUUAAGAAGCAAAGGCACCUACUCUCAGGACCGUGCAGGGUUUAUUAUUGCUUUGCUGUUUGCGAGGACUGAAAUGUGCACCCUUCAAUUUUAUGUAUUUUAUUAACCGCUUCACCAGUACGAUUUGCAUGAUGGCUAAUCUUACAUAAAAAAAAAAAAAAAAAAAGAAACAAAUAGCUUUGAAGUGUUAGUUCACAAAACAGAGAUUCCUUCAACACUGGA